GUCGAGGCAGCAAACAUCUGCCUCUCCUCCACCUCACCUCGCCCGGCACAUCCCGUCGCCACCCCCUCAGUUCGCACCGUGCGUGCACCUUCUGCUGCUCGUCUGCCGGCUUUGAGCCCUGCCGCCGGUGCACGCCAGCGGGGCGCCGCAUCUGGCGCGCGGCGUCGGGCCCGCGGCGUUCGAGCGCUGCCGGCACUGGCAGCAGCAUGGACAUCGACUACGAGCGCGCCGCGUCGCCUUCUGCGCCCAUGCAGGCCUUCGCCAGCAGCAGCCAGAUGUUCGGCAGCGGCAGGAGCGGCCACAGCGGCAGCGGCAGCGAGAGUGGCGCGGCGGCCUCGUACGGCGGUGCGUGGACACCGAGCCGCAGCGCACGCGGCAAGCGGCGCCGCAGCGUCAGCCCGACGUCGGCCCAGGAGGCGCGCGAGGGUGCGGCAAAUGCCUCCAGCCUGUCGGCUCAUGUGAGUGCCAUCUCGAGAUCGCUGCCUCGUCCUGCUCUGACGGUGCUGUGCCAGCGGCCCUUCGUCCGCGCGCGCACGCACACACCGACGCUGCCGGACGCGUACCCGGCGCACGGCUCCGGCAGCGCGCUGUCGCCGUCCUACUCGCCACUGGCAGGAGGCGGUCGGAUAGACGCCGUCUGGUCUCAGCCACCAUCAGCUGGCGCGUUCGGUGAUGCUGCUAUGGACGAGUGCGGAAGCGAGGCGCGUCGCGAUGUCGGGCUCGGCCUGGGCGAAGGCAGCGCGCCUUACAGCCGCUGGACGCUGCCGCGGGUGCGCCAGGACGGCGUAUGGGGCGCCUUCUUCGACGCUGAGCGGAUGGAUGGGCACGGCAUGCUGCCGCCCGACGCUGCAGGGCACGCGAUGGCGCUUGCGCCGGAGCAGAGGGCCGAGGAUGAUGACAUGCGAGAUGACGACCACGAGAUGGACCUCUCGCCGCCGAUGCCGCCGUUCCAGCGCUGGACGGACCAGGCGCUGCCGCCGCGGGCCGGCUCCUCGUCGCACGCACUGCUCGCGCCUACCGCGCACGUGCCAUCACGCCCUUCGCCACUAGGCUUCGGGCUCGGCCGCAGCAACAGUGGGCGGCAGAGCGUGCCGUCGUCCUCGGAGCCGACGAACAUGCGGCGGCGCGUGAGCUCAUCCUUCGAGGUGCCGCCGCCGAGUCCAGGACGCGCCAUGUAUCGCGCCGGCAGCUGGGGCCGCGCCUCGCCGCAGCCGCCGAGCUCGGCGCCGCUGCCGGCGGCAUGGCGGCAUCCCUUCAAUGCGCUGCCGCACUCGGCGUGGCCCGCCGAAGGCGGCAUGGCGACUUCAUCGCUCGACCGCACGGAUGCGCAUGCGCAACUCGUCGGCGCCGACGCUGCGCAAGGCAUGGCCGGACCUAGCACGGCGGAGCAGACGCUGCGCGCCGGCAUGCUCUCGCAUCCGCGCUGGCGACACCUGGCACCGCAGCAUCUGUCGCCCGACUGAGCACACUCUGCUACGCCAGCCAUUGCAGCCGAGCGUCUGGACCUAGCGCUCUGGCCACUCUCUUCGUUCUCAUCAACGACUGACACGCGCGUCGCGUCGGCGGCGUCUUCUCUUGCGCCUCGCGUCCGCUAUUCCCGCCCUCGUCGCAUGUCUCCUUCGCAUUCAUUCCAUGUUUCACGGCCGCACUCGUUGAUCCCUGCAUAAUCGCAUCCCGUCCCGUGUUGCCUGCUCGAGAGAAGCGUGUCCGGGCGGAGGCACGUCUCG